GUGUUGGCCGGGACUCCGGGUGGGCAGAUGCCGUGCGGGCGUGCAGCAGCCCGGUCGCGGAGUCGGGAACUCCAGCACCAGGCCACAGGGCUGGAGAUUAGCAGGCCACGAGCACACUUGCCCCGGGACCUGGAACCCCGGAGUCCCGAAAGGGACACCCGGUCUCUGCCUAGCCCCUUUCUUAGAUGUGAUCCCCGCGCCGGGGGACUUAGACGAGUCCCGCCCAAGAGGAAGUUUGCGCGGGGCGCCGCAGGGCGCGCAGGUUCCUCGGGGAGCCCGCGGCUGCCGUCACGCCCGCUGCUGCUGGCUAGUCCUCCUCACCCCCGCAGCGACCGGGCUGGAGCCGGAGUCACUCUUAGGGCCCUCGGGGGGCGCGCGCGCGUGCCCGGGAAGCCGCGGGGAGCAAUAAAAGGCCCUGAGAGUCCGAGACGAAGACGCGGCGACUGAGCCGGGAGGAAGAGGGCGGAGCGCGCGGGAGGCGCGGGAGCGGGACGCGGGGACGGCGCGGCGCGGGCGGCUCUCGGAGGCUCGCGCCCGCGCUCCCAGCGAUCACACGCGCUCACACGCAGCCUAGCUGGCGGUCGCCGCUCCCGGGCCACCCCGAAUCCCCGGCAUCGAGGGGACCUCCUGCGAGUGCAGCGCACCCUGCGCGCCCCUCGCUUCCUUUGCACCGGCCUUUGCCCCGCACCCCCGCGGGUCCUGCGGGAAGAUGGUCCACGAGCGGUGGAAGACCGUGGGCGGCGCGUCCCAACUUGAGGACCGACCGCGCGACAAACCGCAGCGAGCAAGCUGCAGUUACGUCCUGUGCACAGUGCUCUUGUCCCUGGCGGUGCUGCUGGCCGUGGCUGUCACAGGUGUGGUUCUCUUCCUGAAUCAUGCCCACGCACCAGGCACGGCUCCCCCACCCAUCGUCAGCACGGGGCCUGCCGGGGCCAACAGUGCCCUGGUCACCGUGGAGAGGGCGGACAGCUCCCACCUCAGUCUCCUCAUCGAUCCUCGCUGCCCCGACCUCACGGACAGCUUUGCCCGCCUGGAGGGCAUCCAGGCCUCCGUCCUUCGGGCACUGAGUGAGCACCAGGCACAGCCGAGGCUGGACGGUGCUCCCGAGCUGCUGGACGCACUGGCUGACCAGCUGCCCCGGCUGCUGGCCCGGGCCUCUGAGCUGCAGACUGAAUGUGCUGGACUGCGCAAGGGACACAGCCUGCUGGGCCAGGGCCUCAGCGCCCUGCAGAGUGAGCAGGGUCGGCUCAUCCAGCUUCUCUCCGAGAGUCAAGGUCACAUGGCUCACCUGGUGAACUCAGUCAGUGAUGUCCUGGAGGCUCUGCAGAGGGAGCGGGGGCUAGGUCGGCCCCGGGUCAAGGCUGAUCUUCAGAGGGCGCCUUCCCGGGGAGUCCGGCCUCGAGGCUGUGCUAAUGGCUCUCGGCCGCGGGACUGCCUGGAUGUUCUCCUGAGCGGACAGCAGGAUGAUGGUGUCUACUCUGUCUUCCCCACUCACUACCCAGCCGGCUUCCAAGUCUACUGUGACAUGCGCACUGACGGCGGAGGCUGGACGGUGUUUCAGCGCCGGGAGGAUGGCUCUGUGAACUUUUUCCGAGGCUGGGAGGCUUACCGGGAGGGCUUCGGCAAGCUGACAGGGGAGCACUGGCUGGGGCUCAAGCGGAUCCACGCCCUGACCACGCAAGCAGCGUACGAGCUUCACGUGGACCUAGAGGACUUUGACAACGGCACCGCCUAUGCCCACUACGGGAGCUUCGGUGUGGGCUUGUUCUCUGUGGACCCUGAGGAGGAUGGGUACCCACUCACCGUGGCUGACUACUCCGGCACCGCAGGUGACUCCCUCCUGAAGCACAGCGGCAUGAGGUUUACCACCAAGGACCGAGACAGCGACCACUCGGAGAACAACUGUGCCGCCUUCUACCGAGGAGCCUGGUGGUACCGCAACUGCCACACAUCCAACCUCAACGGCCAGUACCUGCGUGGUGCGCACGCGUCGUACGCGGAUGGCGUCGAGUGGUCCUCCUGGACGGGAUGGCAGUAUUCCCUCAAGUUCUCGGAGAUGAAGAUCCGGCCGGUCCGUGAGGACCGCUAGACUGGCACGCUGACCAGCGCCAGUGUCCUCUGGUUAUGUCUGGUCCCCGCACAUCUCAUCCCAUGCCCAUUCCAUGCCCACUGCUGCAAGAACAUGCCCUGCCCACCUGUGCAUGGCCUGCCUGCUCUUUAGUAGGGAUGGCCCAAGACCAGCCCCGAAACUCAGCUUCCUGAGCCAGUGACACCCCUUCCCAACCAAGUCCCUGUUCAUCAGGGGACAUGAUCUUUUGUUCCUAUCGGCAGAGCUGGCACCUGGCAACCCCAAAUCCCACCUGCCCAGGCUUUGGUCCCUGUGCUUUGCCGACUGCAUCCUGGUAAGGUAGCACCCCCACUCUUCCUGGCUUCCAGAAUAGGGGGCAGACAGCGCUCCGGCCCCUCGAGCAGAUCUAAGCGGAAGGUUCAGCUCUUCUUGCAUCUGACACCUGUCUGGCCUAACCCCAUUCCCUCAGGGCCUGGAGACCCUACCUCUCAUCAGAGGACCUCGGACAGCUGCUGCAGCACUCACUUGUGGCCAGCUGGACUGGGACACAGCUGUCUACAAAGCCCCAAGGCCAAGACCAGUCCCCUAGGCCACCCUUCCCUGGGUCUCUGCAGACCUGGGGGGGGGGGCUCUAUUCUCCUGGUUGCUUUCAAAGUUAGUUCAUCUGCUCUUUCCCACCUCAGCCGGCGUCCACCUGCCCUCCUGCAGAGCAGCCACGGGUCCUGCCCCACAUCACUUGCCUGUGGGGCAAGGGUGGGACUGGCCUAUGCCAGUGAGAACCUCCUGAGGUGAGGCUGUGCCAGGCUCUUGUGUUCUGCCAACUUCCUUGGACUCAGCAUGGCCCAAGACUACCAUCUCUGCAGAGAGGCUGCCCCCUGCUGGCUAUCACGGACACUGCCAUCAGGGCCUGACUGGGGGCAGGCGACAAAGCAUCAGGCAGGUUGGACAUCUGGACAUUUCCUUGUCCAGCCUUCUCAGCAUCUGCAUGGGUGAUCCCCCAGGAAGGCAGGCUGCAGGCUCUCCCUUCCUCAGAUGCCUGCUUGGUAGGUGGGAUGCUCUUAUGGGAACCUGACGGGCCUUCAAAGGACUGGAUGGCAAGACGGCAAUGGUGCUCUCCUCUGUCUGGAGGCAGAGACCUGUGCCUCUUCUUUCUGCCAGACUUGUACCAAAGCCUGAACCCACCAAUGAACUGUGUGACCUGCUCGGUCCCUCACACUGGGCCUCAGGUCUUCAGCACAUCUGUGAGAGUCAAAGCUGUCCUAGGUGCUGGAUGGACAAGGCUGGUUAUUGCUUCUGCGGUCCCCAGGUGGUGACAGGAAACAUGGGUAGAGUAGCCAAGGUUCUGAUGGGACAAGGGAUACACAGGGAAGUCCCUUCCCAUUCCCUCUCUGUCCCCAACACCUGGCACCUAGCUUCAUUGCAGAGGUGGGUGGGAGUCUAAACACAGCCUGGCACACACUACCCGCCCCCGAGGCUGGUACGGAAGAGGCUUCUGUUGCCAGCUGCCGCUGUAAGCGCUGCUCAGAAGUGCCGAGCGCUUUCUGAUGUGGCAUCAAACAAACCCCUUCGAGUGAAGCAACAGAUUCACACAUGCAACUGCGGGGCAGGAGGGCGGCCGGCCAGGGCUGGGCUGCAGGACACAGGAGCUGAAGCUCAUCCCAACAGGGCAGCUGGUGGACAGGUGACUGACAGGUGACAUGCAUCCCUGUCUGGUCACAUUGGAAAUGACAGCCCUUCAGCCCAGCCACUGCCCCAGGGACACCAAGCCCUCUCCCAGGCCAGGCUGGUAUGCUGGGGGGUGUGGUUUUGCCAAACGCUGGCUGAGUGGGCAGGGAGGGGUAGGGAGAGACCUGGUCAACAGUCCUGUGUGGGCGCCCUCCAGGUGUGCGUCCUCGGGGGUAGGUGGGAGCACUGUCUCUGGGAGCACCGUUCCUGCACACUGGGCCACAGCCUCCAGGCCUGCCUUUCAUUCACUGGUCUGAUGUCUGUGUGAUGGCUGCCGCCUGUGAUCAGACUGACCACGGGAAGCAGGAAUGCUGGGAAGCCUUUGGGGGGCAGGGCAGGUCCACUGAGACAUGAUGACCAGGCUGUGGUCCCUGACCCACGAGACCUGUAUUGCUUUGGCAAUAGAAUGACUAACUGGGUGGGUCAGUGAUGUCACCUGGCAGGACCAUGCUGCUUACCUUCUUGGGCAGAGUCUCCACAUCCCACACUAGGGUCUUGGCACUGUGUCCGCCUCUACAAAGCAUCAAAACUUCUUUCCAAGCCCUUCCUGGCUCUGUGGAUUCCACCAAAGGCCUCACAGCUGGCUAUACCCGGGUUGUGCCGGGGCCACUAAGCCAGCAUGCGGGGAGUGGACAGUGCCUUGGGUCCCCUGCAAGCCUGGGUUGGUGAGUGACCCCGUUAGCGCUGUGAGCCUCUCCUGUGGCUUUAGUGGCUCAUGUGUGCCGGACACUAGUGUUUGAAGGUGGGAGUGGCAUCUCCAGUUCCUGGCUCUUCUCUGCCCCCUCAUCUGUGUCACCCAAGCCUCCAGGUGGAGAACAGGCAUCUGUGGCCAUGGUCACUGCAGGUCUUGGCCUCCAACCAGCACUUCUGGAAGAGAGCGGGGCCUUGGAUGACCAGAGAGUCUGAGCAAAAGUGUAAGCUUCCAACUUCGAAUAAGAUGGUUUGACCCUGA